CUCUUCCCCUUAUUUUCUCCCUUUUUCUUUCUUCCUUUCUUUCUUUCUCUCCGUCUCCUUUUUUCUUCUUCUUCUUUUUCCUUCUUCUUUUUCUUAUAUUCGUACUUCUCCUAAAAAGGAUCUGAUUCCUUUUUAUUCCUUUUUCCACUCUCACUCUCUUCUUCCUCUUUUUUUCUUUCUUUCUUUGUACGUUCAUCCUUGUUGCAUUUUGUUACUUAGCCCAUUGUUUUUUUUUUGUUUUUAUUCUUUCAUAUUGUAUUUCUUUCCUCCUUUUCUAUCUGUCCCUCUCUCUCUUCAUUCCCUUUAUUCUCUCACUUAUCUACAUUUCUUUUUAUUUUGAUGACUUCUUUAUUAUCUACUACUGGUCAUUACUAUGCAUCAACUUUACAUUGUUACUACCAUCCACCUGCGCCAGUGACACAAACAUUAUCAAGUGUACGUUUUACUGAACCCAGCCAUCAAACUGAUCCCGAAAUGUAUGCUUUAAGAGCCAUGUUAUCAGCUCAUCGGACCUUACCUUAUUCUGGACGGCGUACUUGUAACGGAACGAAGAACAGCACCUUAAAUAAUCGAUUGGCAUAUGUGGAAGCCCUAGUAGACACCAACGCCCUCGUCAUCGAAACCAUGUGGUGUUCAACUAUACCAUCCAAUCGACAAGCAUCUGUAGUUCCUUUACGUACAUUUAUUCAAGAAGUAUUAAAACGAUCACGUACAACAUAUUCAACUCUUCAAACAGCUCUGUUUUAUCUAUUUCGGUCUCGCCCAGCAAUUAUGGCUCAUUUACGACAAUGUCAACAAGAUAAAUGGGAAGGUGCAUAUAUUAGUUGUGGUCGACGUAUGUUUCUUGCAAGUUUGGUGGUAGCCUCAAAGUUUGUACAAGAUAAAACCUAUCGAAACUCGGCUUGGGCAAAAAUUGCUGGACUUCCUGUUGCUGAAAUCAAUGCUGCUGAACGUAUCUUUUUGGAUUUGGUCGAUUAUCGAUUAUACAUUUCUCAACCUACAUUUGAACAAUGGCAUCAUUUACUUCAUAUGCACGUAGAAGCGAAAACUCAAAAUCAUCCCAUGGUAUUAUUAUCUUAUAAUAUGCCAACAACAACAUCAACACCAACAACACCUACAUUAUCAUCUUCUUCAUUAUCAUCUUCACAACAAUCAUCUACUACAAGUCCAAUUACUUCACCAAUUAACUUUCCUUCUAUUCAUCAUCAUCAUCAUCAUCAUCUCUUUUCUCAACAACAACAACAAUCUCAUUUUGUUCAUCAAUCACCUUAUUAUGAACAAUCUACUUCAAGACGUAAACGGCAACGUACAUCAUCUGAUACAACUUCACCAUCACUCUCAUCCUCACCUUCUUCAACACCAAUGCCAGUACUAACGAUAUCAUUACCAAGUUCGAAUCACUCAUCACCUUUACAAACGCCUACUCAAAUAUCACCUAUUCGAUGUCAGCUUUGGAAACCAGUCUCACCCAAGAAAAGGAAAUUGGAUAAUGAUUAUUUUAUUCCUCAUCAACAAACAAGACAAUGGAAUCAAAGACAUGGAUGAUCAAUUCAAGAAAUAACAACAAUAACAACAACAGUAGCAGCAAGAAAACCUUCUCUCUCAAUGAUCAUUCCUUUUUUUUUCUUAUUUCCCCUUUUAUCUAUCGUUUUUUUUUUCUCCCACUACCCUUCCUUUUUUUUUUUUUUU